AUGGGGAAGAAGGAUAAAAAUGAGGAGCGGAAGGAGAGAAUCCUGAAUCUCACACUGGAGAUUAUCUAUCUGCUGACUGGAGAGGGCUACGUCAUCCCUAAGAAGAAGAGCCCAACUGUGGGUUUGGGGGCCCUGCAUGCCCCUGGCUCCGUCAUACAGAAGGAAAAUGACAAGAAGAUCCUGGAACUCAUCUCCAACAUCAUCCAGCUGCUGACUGGAGAGGUUGCCAUAAGGUGUGAGGAUGUUUCCAUCUAUUUUUCCUUGGAGGAGUGGGAGUAUAUAAAAGGAAACAAGGCCCUUUACAGGGAAGGGAUAAAGGAGGAGGAGGAGGAGCCCCAGCAGCUCCGCCCACUGGCGGAACAGCUCCCACCGGCCAAUGGGAUUAAAGAGGAGGCGGCUUCAUGGGAAGGGGAAAACCAAUCAGAUUGCAGCAUUAAUCCCCUUACAGAACAGAUGCAGGGAACAGACACGCCUACUCCUAUCAUGGGGUGCAGCCUGAAUAACAGCUCAGCAGGGGAUUAUAUAUCAGAUGAUAUAAAAGAGGAGGCGGCUUCACUUGAAGGGGGGAACCAAUCAGAUUGCAGCAUUAAUCCCCUUACAGAACAGAUACAGGGAACAGACACACCUACUCCUAUCAUGGGGUGCAGCCUGAAUAACAGCUCGGCAGAUAAUUAUAUAUCAGAUGAUAUAAAAGAGGAGGCGGCUUCACUUGAAGGGGGAAACCAAUCAGAUUGCAGCAUUAAUCCCCUUACAGAACAGAUACAGGGAACAGACACACCUACUCCUAUCAUGGGGCGGAGCCUGAAUAACAGCUCGGCAACUAACUAUGUGUUGUUUUUCAUUAAAGAGGAACCCGCCUUGUCUGAGAAAGAACACAAUCAUGCAGAUCAGAUACAAGGAACAGAUACGUCGGCUCUCAUGGGGUGGAGCCAGGAUAACAACAAAAUAAUCAAAGAGGAACCGGCAUCAUGGGAAGGGGGAAACCAAUCAAACUGCAGCAUUAAUCAACUUGCAGAACAGAUACAGGGAACAAAUAUGACAGCUCCUAUCAUGGAAAGCAGCCUGAAUAACGACCUCUUACAAAUUAUGAAUAACAUAAAUGAUGAAAAUGCUAAAACGUCAGCACAGGAAUCUCAAGAAACAAAACAAAUCCUUUAUAAGAAAUAUCGCUGCAAUCAGUGCGAUAAACAUUUUCUUCAAAAAAGAGACCUUGAUAGACAUCAAAACACCCAUACGGAAGAGAAACACUUUUCUCAUCACAGAUCUCUAUAUAAUCAUCUUGCAGGUAGGAAACAGUUUCCUUGUACGGAGUGUGGGAAAUGUUUUGCCAGAUCAUCAGAACUUACUGUCCAUCGAAGAACCCACACAGGGGAGAAACCCUAUUCUUGUUCUGUGUGUGGGAAGUGUUUUGUCAGAUCAUCAGAACUUACUGUCCAUCGAAGAACCCACACAGGGGAGAAACCAUAUUCUUGUUCCGAAUGUGGGAAAUGUUUUGUCAGAUCAUCAGAACUUACCGUCCAUCGAAGAAGCCACACAGGAGAGAAACCAUUUUCUUGUUCCGAGUGUGGGAAAUGUUUUGUCAGAUCAUCAGAACUUACUGUCCAUCGACGAUCUCACACAGGGGAGAAACCUUAUUGUUGUUCUGAGUGUGGGAAAUGUUUUACCAGAUCAUCAGAACAUACUCUCCAUCGACGAACCCACACAGGGGAGAAACCAUUUUCUUGUUCUGAGUGUGGGAAAUGUUUUGCCAGAUCAUCAGAAUUUACUGUCCAUCGACGAACCCACACUGGAAAGAAACCUUUUUCUUGUUCUAAAUGUUGGAAAUGUUUUACCAGCUCAUCAGAUCUUACUGCCCAUGGACGAACCCAUGCGGAAGAGAAACCUUUUUGUUGUUCUGAAUGUGGAAAAUGCUUUAAACAACAUUCGGAUCUAAAGAGACACCACAGAACUCACACAGGGGAAAAACCUUUUUCCUGUUCUGAAUGUGGGAAAUGUUUUGCCACUUCAUCAGAACUUACUCUCCAUCGACGAACCCACACAGGGGAGAAACCAUUUUCUUGUUCUGAAUGUGGGAAAUGUUAUAUUAGUUCGUCAGAACUUACUGUCCAUCGACGAACCCACACAGGGGAGAAACCUUUUUCUUGUUCUGAAUGUGGAAAAUCUUUUACCAGCUCAUCAGAUCUUACUGUCCAUAGACGAACCCAUGCGGAAGAGAAACCUUUUUCUUGUUCUGAAUGUGGGAAAUGCUUUAAACACCAUUCGGAUCUAAAGAGACACCACAGAACCCACACAGGGGAGAAACUUUUUUCCUGUUCUGAAUGUGGGAAAUGUUUUACCAGCUCAUCAGAUCUUACUGCCCAUGGACAAACCCAUGCAGAAGAGAAACCUUUUUCUUGUUCUGAAUGUGGGAAAUGCUUUAAACAACAAUCGGAUCUAAAGAGACACCACAGAACUCACACAGGGGAAAAACCUUUUGCCUGUUCUGAAUGUGGGAAAUGUUUUGCAAAUCGAUUUCACCUCACUGAUCAUCACAGAAUUCACACAGGAGAGAAACCAUUUUCUUGUUCUGAAUGUGGAAAAUGUUUUGCUCGUAUGGCUAAUCUAAAGAUGCAUUUUCAGAGGCACGCAGAAGGAAAACCAUAAGUUUGUUCUCAGUGGGUGAAAUGUUUUCUAAAUCAGGCAUCAGGCAAGCAUUUCAGUAUAUUUACAGAGAAAAGGAACAACUUCAUUUACAAUAGAAUGUAGCCAUAGGACAAUCCUUAAACCAAUCCCGUCCAGCCGAAGGCUCCGGGGCCUGAUGGACACAGGUGAAUGCUAGACAGGUUCCCAUAAUGCUCUUCCCACGGCACUGGCUCCCCAUUGGGAACUGAGGGACCUCAUUUCAUCCUUAGUGGGAAUAAUAAUUUGUCAGUGUAAUCAAUGUGUUUCAGUAAAGUCAGUGACAAAUUAAAAAUUCAUAUUAUAUUUAAAAAUGGCCCCUUUAUUGGAGCUCCCAAUCAAGUUUUUGUAGAAAUUUUCAAUAAA